AUGGAAAGUAUUAAAAAAUCAGUAGAAAAGAAUACUCGACCAACAGGUACUCGACGUCAUAGAAAACGUCGAAAUAAGUUACCACCAGGUUAUGAUCAAUGGGACGAUGAAAAUAAACAAUAUUAUGAAGAUGUCACCAAUGUUUUGCGACAAUGGAAGGCUACACGAAUACAAUGUCAACUGCGUCGCUUUACAAUUGGAUUUUGGCAAUAUCUUAAGUAUCAAUUAAAAGGACAUCCAAUGCAUGCUAAUGAAAUGAGAGAUUAUAAGAAUGCUGUAGAAGUAUUUGCUGGUUUAAAAGGAAGUCAAUCGCUUGAUUAUGAUUAA